AUGGCACCCACACAAUCUGAUUAUGAAGGAGCUCCCUUGAUUGCCCACAUCCAUGAUCCCAAUGAGGAAAAUAUGCCCUCUAUCAAGUUUGGUUGGGAGGUAUUGCUUGGAGCCUUUGCUGUUAUUGUUGCCGUAGCUGCCUUGAUCGCAGCAUUUCUUCUGUUUUGCUCAAGAACGCAAGAACAUGGUGCAACAAAGCAGGAAGAAGCUAAGAAAAAGCAAGCUCUCGAAGACUUGAAGAGCAACAUGGAAUGCAAACCUUGGUCCACACAUUCCUCUCAGGAUGACAGAACAGAGAAGACGGCCGAUCCUUCUGAAGCUUCACGCUAUUCCAUUUUUGAUUCUGAUUCUAUCUCUUCUUACUUCUUGGGUCCUGCUAGAUCAUCAUCUGCCCUUGUUGAUGUUGAUGAUGUCGAGAUGCAAAUGCAAGAGAUCUCAAUGAGCGAUCAGAAGCAAGAAUCUGCAUGCACUACACCAGUAUCUACGGAUGGAGCCCCCAAGGACAAGGAUGGCACUUGCUGCCCCAUCUGCAACGACAUCUUCGAGUAUGGUCAGCCUGUAUACACUUCCAACAACUGUGGCCACCAAUGCCACAAGGUCUGCAUGGACAGGUGGCUGAAAUUCCAGAAUACACGCCCUGUCUGCAAUGAAGCAUUUGUCUUGCGAGUUGUAUAG